UCUGUGUUCCAUUUGAAACCUAACCAUAAUUGCUUUUACCUUCAGAACCAUGAAACUGCACAUCCUCUUCUUGCUGGCAGUGGUGAACGCAGGAGCCUCUAACUAUCAUCCCAUAGAGGGGACACCCUGUGAAAUGGCAAACUCACAGGCAUUUUGCCACAACAAAGACCUCCACCAAAUCCCUCACGAGCUCCAUCUGAAUGUCAACAAAAUAGAUCUGUCUGGAAAUCUGAUCCACAGCAUCCCUGAAAUGCCAUUAUCAUUUUACACUUCCCUCCAGUAUCUGGAUUUAAGCUUCAACCAGAUAAGCUCCAUCACAUCUGGAGUGUUUGCACACAUGACGAGUUUGCUGGAAAUAAAUUUAGCCAAUAACCAUUUACAUGAGCUGACUCAGAAUGGGACAGAGGGGAUUGGACUUUUGCCCAAGGUGGAAAUAAUGGACUUGUCCCACAACAAUCUCUACAAUGGGAUGGCUGAGCAUUUCAUUAAUCAAGCUCCAACACUGCAGUAUCUUUCCUUGGCAGACAACAGCAUUGUAAAGAUAUCACACAAGAUGUUUCAGGGAUGCCCCAGUCUUGUGGAGAUAGAUCUUCAGAGAAAUAUUAUCAUGGAAAUAGAAGAAGGUGCUUUUGAGACUCUAGCCAACCUUUCCAAACUCAAUCUCUCCACAAAUUCAAUUACUUGCAUCUCUGAUUUCAACCUCAGACAGUUGGAGAUACUUGACCUUAGCAGGAAUAGCAUUGAGACCUUCACCACCACAAAGUCAAAUGAUGAAUACAGUUUAAGAUCUCUGGAUCUUAGUGGAAACAAAUUGCUUCACUUCCCAGUCUUCCCUCCGGUAAAUAAGCUGGUAACUCUGAAUUUAUCAAAUAAUUUAAUCCAGCUCACUGCUGAAUCCCUUUAUAAUAAAAUGGACUACAUGGAUAAUGAAUGGCUAGAUUCUUCUUUUCAUCUUCUUGAUCAGAAGAGAAGUAAAAAUACAAGCUCUCUUUAUUUAUCCCAGCUUGUAUAUUUAGACUUAAGUUAUAAUGAAAUCAAAUCCAUUCCAGAUGGGUUUUUUGAGUCAAUGUUGUCCCUUCACACCCUUAAUCUCAGCAAAAACUGUCUUCAGGCAUUUGCAAUACAUGACAGUGCAUUGAUCUCCCUAACUGUGCUUGACUUGAGCCACAAUGCAUUGCAGAACCUUCACCUCGAUGCUGGUGCUUUGCCAAAUUUGAGGGAGUUUCAUAUUCAAAACAACAACCUUCAGACCCUGCAAUUCGACAUCUUUUCCAGUCUCCCUAGCCUCAGACUUCUUAACCUAGAGAGCAAUAAUAUCAGCCUUUGCCACAGGUACUCAGGAUUAGCUAAGCAAAGACUUGCUGGAGAGGAAAGUGGCUGUGUGUCAUUUGUCAAUUCUCCUGCUCUCCAGUACUUGUACCUAGCAGACAACAUGCUGAACAUCCUACCAGCACACACCUUCUACAAGACUCCACUGCUUGUCUUGGAUCUCUCCGUGAACCCUGGACUGAAAAUAGAACUUAAAGCACUAGCAGGACUGGAAAAGUCUCUGGAAUACUUGCAUUUACAUGGCAAUAGCCUGAUAGAUUUAAAUAUUGACUUGCCUUGUUUUAGUCACCUUAAGCAUUUAAACCUCUCCGAAAAUCAGCUGAACUGGCUGCCUAAGUGGGAUAGUGACUCUCCAUUAGAAGUUCUGGACCUACGGAACAAUAGAUUCAGCACAUUACAGGAAAGCAAUAUUUUAGCAUUAGAAAAUUCACUUAAAAACUUGUAUCUCUCUGGGAACCCACUCAACUGCUGUGGAAACAUCUGGCUUUCAUCAAUGAUCCAGAACAAAAAUGUCCAUAUCCCCAAUGUGGAGCACUUAACGUGCCAGUACAUUCAGGGCUUCGGGUAUUGGGAAGAAAUGCACAUUGCAAACAUCAGACCAGAAGACUGUGAAAAAGAGGAUCUGAAGAAAAUCAACAUCCUCAUCAUAUUAACAUUUGUACUAGUUUUAUCUGUGAUCAUCAUUGGUGUGGGUUCAUUUUUUUGCUUCCGAAGGCAAAACUUCAGCCAUCAGUUUAAAGCAUAG